AUGCAAGACUGGCAGAAUACUGGCCAGACAGGCGCAGGCCAGGAUCAGAACGCACUCUGGUCCAAUGCAUACAACUACCAAGAUGGUGCCAAUCAAUUCGAGAAUGUCCAGAGCUGGUCACACCCAAUGCCAGGGCAGGCUGCGUACUCCCAGCUCGGCUCCUCGCAUCAGGGACAGCCAACCAUCUCCAAUGAUCACGACACCAUGUCAACCUUAGGCCACGGGGGGUUCCAUCACGGCUCCAACCAGUUUGCGCUCGAUGGCUCGUACUCACAGCCGGCACAAGAUCAGUCAAUGCAGGCUCUAGAUAAUUUCCAUCAAGACAUGUACAGCCAGCCUGCGAGUCUUGGCCAGCAUCAUAGCCAAGCUGCCAGUAAUGGCCAUGGCCAUCCCCAGCAGUUCUCUCAGGCUCCUUACCAGUACCAGGGGCAAGGUGCAUCUGCCUACAACAGCCAGGCCCAACCGAUCGCUCCACAACAAGGCACGCACCAGAACGUCCAAGCUCUACCCAACCCAUCACAGGUGCCGUAUGAACAGGCCCAGUUCAUUCCUCAGCAGCAGAUGGGGUACUCUCAUCCAACCUCAACGGCAACCUUCCAGCCACUCGCCCGCCCACCUACCGAGCUGCAGCCACAGCCCCAAUCUCAAGUGCAACACCAAGCCUCGGCCGGCUUUUCAGCUAGCCCUCAGCCGCUGGGCCAGCAAUCCCUGGUAGGCGCUGCGUCCUCUCAGACGGUGUCGCAAGUUGGCUUUCAGGAGUCACCGCAGGCCGAGCAAGCAGCCAAGAAACGAAAACGUGCUGUGAAGAAGGAGUCAGAGCCAGAGCCCGCCGGUUCUCCACGGCCAGUCAUCUCAAGAACGGCAUUCGACAACACGGAGAGUCUCGUACCCCCAACAAGCACAGAUGAGGAGCUGGCCGCCGUUGUCCAGUUCGCCAAGCGACCUGCUGCUGCGAAGAAGGCUUUCCCUCUUGUACCCGGUGCACACUAUCUCAUAUCAACGGAGACGGCCAAACUGCCAACCCCUAAAAGCUACGAUAGAUUAGCCCCUCUUGUCGCGCUGCCAUCGCAGAGUGGGAGACGUAUACUUCCUGGUGCCAAUCAUGAGCUCCCCUGCGAAAUACAGGGAAAGUUUACAGACAAAUACAAACCGUCUCUGAACUUUGGAGGAAAGCCGGAAGACAGGGAGAGAGAGGCAAAGCCCUUCAUCGACCAAUACCAAAAGGAAAUGAAAGCGCUUGGCAACCGGAAGCCUAAAUAUGCCGAUUACCCCUUCACCUUCCAGGAGCAACUAAAAGCCGACGAAGCUGCCAAGGCCAAGGCGCAGCGGAAGGCGCGAAAAGAGGAGGAAGAAGAACGCAAGAAACCCAUACGACCCGAGGCCCGUCCAGUAGACCCAGUAAAGGCUGCGGCAUGGGAUGUGCUCGGCAUCGUGUACAUCGAUCCAUCUGCUGUUCGUACCAAUGCCCUGAUCGCUGGUGCCGUGCAAAGUCUCGGCGAGUUCUUUAUCAAGUUGAGAGCCGCCAUGACCAAGGCCAAGCAGGAGGUCGAUCAGGCGGUCAAGGAGAAACGGCCAGAGAGCGAAGUGGCCCAACUGCAGAAGGUUGGUGAGCAACAGAAGGACAUGUUCGUCAAGGUCCUCGACGCCGCCCACAAACAUGGCGAUGAUGCUGUGCUGGAGAACCUUGGCGGCCACCAGAAGGGCGUUUUGAGCCUCGUGAAUCUCUUGAUUGGUUGCAUCAAGGCGACCGACUACUCUGGCCCUCUACCCAAAGCCACACUUCGAUUCAUGUCUAAUAUCAACUUGACGAAGAAAGUUGCCGACGCCGUCAACUUUGAGACGGUCCGGAAGAGAUUCGCAGACAAGGGCGACAGCGAGGUCAAGGAACUGAUCAAGACAGUGGCAUCUCGCAUCAAGAAGGAAGAGCCCGUCAAUGGAGCGGAUGCCAAAAAGCCUGCCGCUAGCGCGCCUGUUACCAAACUCGCCAAACCUGGCGUCACCAGCAAGACGCCUGUUACAGCAUCGCCCACAAAACGACCUCAUGAAGACGACAUAGACUCCCGCCCCGGCAAAAAGUUGAACGUCGAGGGAACAAGCAGUGUCCUCGGUGCCAAGGUUGGCACCAAGCCGCAGAUGGGCAGCAGCCUUCUCUCGAAGCUUGCGGGCACUAAACCCCGUCCCGCGAACUCGUCUACUCUAGCUGGCAAGAACCGACUGCUCAACAAGUCCGUGAUCAAACCAGAAGGAAGCGGAAACAGCGCGACUGAUGUCGCCAAGUCUGGGCCCAUGCCAAUGGAUAUUGACCGCGAGCCAAAGAAGGCAAAGCCGGAACCUCGCGCUGCUCCGGCCAAGGCGGCCGCAUCAUCCAGCGCUCUCUCGAGCAUUGGUUCUCUUCUCGACUCCAUCAAUACGCCCAAGCUGGAUGCACAGGCAUCCAAGAAGGAUACCAAGCAGAAUGAAGUCCCCGAGACACCUGAAGAGCAAGCGAAGCGUCUGCGGAAAGAAGCCCGUCGCAAGCUGCGCGUCACUUGGAGGCCAGAGUCAGAGCUCGUUCAAGUCCGCAUCUUCCACAAGGAGGCGGCAGAGGACCAGGACAACAUGACAAGAGAUGCAGCCGAUGACCGUUCGGAAGGUAUGAUGCUGAAGCAGCGUGGUAACUACACGGAGGACGACGACGAAGAUGAUGAGCUGCCCUACCGCCCCUGGACUGACCCAACACCGACGGACCUCUCGACCAUUCCCAAGGACUUCCGAGACAAGGCUUUCGUGACGCGCGGCGGCACCCAGACUUUCCACACUGAGGAGCAGGACUCCAUCAAAGAGCGGGAGGGACGGGAGUUGUUGUUUGUUUAUACGUCAAUUUCUGAUAUUCCGCCAACCCCCAAGUCACCCGUUCCCGAGCCAUCUCUUCCCGACUCGGGUGCCAAGAUUGGCCACUUGCCGCGCGAUGAUCCCAAAUACCAAGAAAUUCGCAACCGGUGGAACGACAUUGCGAGCCAGGGACCUGAUGCGGCGACAUACUACGCCGCCAAGCGUCUGCAUCAACUCAAGGAUGAUCCUGCAGCCAAGAUCGACUCGCUCCUAGGCAAUCUUGUGCCAGCACCUCAGGAGCCGACGGCGGAGACGUACAACUACAACAUGACACCACCGCAACAACACGCGAAGCCUCUCUUCCCGCACGCAACGCAAGUGCCACCAAUUUCUCAUGUUCCCGCUCCCGAGCAGGUUCUCGGCCUUCUUGCGUCGGAACGAAUGAGGCUGUGGCGCUCAAGCGAUCCUUACAGCACAACAACGCCCAAGACGCGUCGUCGUCACGACUAUCCCGAUCCCGGAUUCCAGGCCAUGGUGGAUGCGCUUGAAGAGCUAUUUGCAGUCGCAAAGGACUGGCCGUUUCCGGCCACCACGCCUCCCGCAUGGCUGGCUAACAACGAAGAGCGAUCGCGUGAGUGGCGCACAGGGUUUCAACGAGAUGCCACCUUGCGUGCCAAGAAACAGGCUGAGGAAGCUGCCCGCCGUGAGGUCGCGAGGCAGGCACAGCAACCCUCCGCCAGCAUUCAAGCCGCGGAUCACCAGGGUCAGGCCCGCCCGCAGAGCAACGAGGAGGCCUGGGCUGCGUACUAUCAGCAGCAGCAGCAGCACGAGCAGUACGCGCAGUACAUGGCUCUCCUUCAGCAGGCGCAGCAGGGCGCCAACGGGCAGGGGCCGCAGCUGGGCGAUGCUCAGUUGCAGGCUCUUCUCGGACAGAUCAGCCUGCCUCAAGCCCAGACCCAGGGCGGCGGCGGUGGCGCAUACGAGCUUAACCCCAACGACCAAGGGUACCAGCAGCUGAUGGCGCUCUCGAAGCUUCAGCAGCAACAGCAACAGCAACAGCAGCGCGGGCGGGAGCACGGUGGUUACGAGCCGCCGCACGAUCCGAACGCACUGGACUACGACGACCUGGACUACCGUGAUCGCGGCGAGAGGCGCGACAGCUUCGAACACGACGAACGCGAGGGGGGCCGGCGGGACAGAGACAAGAACGGCAAGCGCAAGGGCAACGCGCCAGGCGGGGCGACGUUGGCGCCUCAUCGGCCGGCGAACAAGGCGCUCAUUGGGACGAAGGCGUGCUCGUUCUGGCAGCAAGGCAAGUGUGCCAGGGGUGAUAAGUGCACCUUUAGGCACGACAACUAG